AUGGCUUGUACUUUACAAUCACUACGAAUUGGCCGUACAUUUGACUGUGAUUACCCGCAAAAUGAAAAAGCACUAGCGGAUGAUACAAGCCAAUCAGCAAUACCUGUAAUUGGACAGGUGGAUGAAUUAAAGAUUACACCUGAAGCAGUAUGCUCGACGAAAAGUAUCAUGUUAACUUAUAAAUUUUACAAAUAUCGUGAUAAAUUGAUGAGUCUAAUCGAUGGUUCAAGAGGACAAUACAGGAUGUACUUAAUAACAACUCUUCUACCUGUUCAGUCCGAUCAACCGCUCAUCAAUCGUGUGCUACCUAAAGAACUCAUUCUUAGGAUUUUUUCAUUUUUGGAUAUUACAUCAUUAUGUCGAUGUGCUCAAACAUGUCGUCAUUGGAAUCUGUUAGCGCUUGAUGGUAGCAAUUGGCAACAAGUUGAUCUCUUCCAAUUUCAAAAAGAUAUCAAGGCACCAGUAGUGGAAAAUUUAGCCAAAAGAUGUGGUGGUUUUUUGAAAAAGUUAAGUUUACGUGGAUGUGAAAAUGUACAGGAAAAUGCUUUACGUUCAUUUACGUUAAAAUGUCCAAAUAUUGAACAUCUUUCAUUAUACAAAUGUAAACGUGUCACUGAUUCUACAUGCGAAUAUUUGGGAAGGAAUUGUCAUCGAUUGGUAUGGUUGGAUCUCGAGAAUUGCACCGCAAUAACCGAUAAAUCUCUCAGGGCAGUAAGUGAAGGAUGUAAGAAUUUGGAAUAUUUAAAUAUUAGUUGGUGUGAAAAUGUGCAAAAUCGAGGAGUACAAGCAGUACUACAGGGUUGUCCAAAAUUAAGUACUCUAAUUUGUCGUGGAUGUGAAGGAUUAACAGAAAUUGUUUUUGCGGAAAUGCGUAAUUUUUGUUGUGAGCUACGAACAGUCAAUUUACUUGGUUGUUUUAUCACUGAUGAUACGGUUGCUGAUAUUGCAUCUAGUUGCUCACAAUUGGAAUAUUUAUGUUUGUCUUCUUGUACCCAAGUUACUGACAGAGCUCUUAUCUCACUUGCAAAUGGAUGUCAUAGGUUAAAAGAUCUCGAACUGUCCGGAUGUUCCUUGUUGACCGAUCAUGGCUUUGGUAUUUUAGCAAAGAAUUGUCACGAACUUGAAAGGAUGGAUUUGGAAGAUUGCUCGUUGUUAACUGAUAUCACAUUAGAUAAUUUCAGUAAAGGAUGCCCAUGUCUUCUUAAUUUGAGUCUUUCACACUGUGAACUUAUCACUGAUGCGGGUUUACGACAGCUUUGUUUAAAUUAUCACUUAAAAGAUCGAAUCCAAGUGUUAGAAUUGGAUAAUUGUCCUCAGAUCACAGAUAUUAGUCUAGAUUACAUGAAACAAGUGCGCACUUUACAACGAGUUGAUCUAUACGAUUGUCAAAAUAUUACUAAAGAUGCUAUUAAACGUUUUAAGAAUUUGAAACCAGACGUGGAAGUACACGCAUACUUUGCACCUGCCACACCACCCACUUCAACACAACCGACCCGACGAGCUAUUUGUCGCUGUUGUACAAUCUUAUGA